AUGGGCCAACAUGUGUCACGGAAUGACUUCAUUUGGGUUUAUACCGAACAACCACAUUUGAGUCGUCGAGAACAAAUUGUUAAGAAGUAUCCAGAAAUCAAAAAGUAUUUCGGUAUAGAUCCAAGUUUUCAAUAUGUUAUUGCAGCCAACGUACUUCUACAGGUUAUUGCUUGUUAUUUAUUGAAAGAUUCCGACUGGACAUUAGUUGUUCUACAAGCGUACUUUUUUGGUGGACUAAUUAACCAUGGAUUGACGUUAGCUAUUCAUGAUAUAUCACAUAAUGUUGUUUAUGGUAAUAGUCGACCAUUAGCAAAUCGAUUAUUUGGUAUUUUUGCAAAUUUACCAAUUGGUAUACCAAUAUCAGUAUCGUUUAAAAAGUAUCAUGUGGAACAUCAUCGAUAUUUAGGCGAAGAAGCAUUAGAUACUGAUGUACCCACCGAAUUUGAGGGACGGUUUUUCACGACAACAGGGCGUAAAUUUUUGUGGCUUUUUCUACAGCCAUUAUUCUACGCAUUUCGGCCAUUGAUCAUUUACAAAAAAGCUUUGACAGAUAUGGAACUAUUGAAUGCAAUAGUUCAGAUAAUCUUUGACUAUUUGAUUUGGUAUUUUUGCGGCCAUAAAGCAUUGUUUUAUUUGAUCUUUGGUACAAUAAUUGCAAUGGGAAUACAUCCAAGUGCUGGUCAUUUUGUUGCCGAACAUUAUGCAUUUGCGGAUAAUCAAGAAACCUACAGUUAUUAUGGUCCAAUGAAUUUGGUUACCUAUAAUGUUGGCUAUCAUAUUGAGCAUCACGAUUUUCCAUAUGUUCCUGGCCGUAAUCUACCAAAAGUACGUGAAAUGGCACCAGAAUUUUAUGAAAAUUUUGUAAAACAUGACAGUUGGACGUGGGUGCUAUAUCAGUUUGUUGUUAAUCCAGCAAUUGGUCCAUAUGCUCGUUUGAAACGUAAACCAAGUGUUAAACAGCAGUAUUAUGGCAACAAUAUGCUUACUGAAUACGUUGAUGCAGUAAGAUCUUUCUUUUUUUUCUGUCGAAGAUUAGUUUUAUGA